AUGCUGCGCUCAGCUACCCCUCAGCAACGACGUACCAUGAGCGAUUCGCUCUCCCCACAGGAAGAGUCAUAUCAGAGUGUUACCGAGUCAGACAACCGUGUCAAUGGCUCUCUGCGGCGCAAAGGCUCCUUCAGCUUCUUGAGACGAAGCAAAUCUCGGGAAAGUUCGACCUCUAGAUCGAGUACGCCUGCCCGAAAAUUGAGCAAGAAGGACCGGUCGAGGGUACGCCAGCAAGAGAUGAUGCAGGAGCAGAUACCUUCCCCUCCACCUAGAAUACCUAUCAUUCCCCAUCCACCAGACCUACAAGGAUUUGGUGGCGAAGACACAAGGCCAGAUAGUGUAGCCAUCAUGUCGAAUCGAGCAGGAGGUUCAUUCAAAUAUAGGCUCGCACAGAAGUCAUCACAGGAAACGCUCGGUUCAGACAUGUACCGUGGAAUGCCAGUCCCGCCAGUCCCACCAAUCCCACCGAUCCCAGGAACAGCCACAUUCCCCAGAACCGAGAGCCUGGUACACCGAGGACGUUACAGCUACGCAAGCAGUGCCAUAAGUACAAUCAACAGUCCGAGGAAGAUCAGGCGGAGGAAAGAUCCUACUCCUUUCAACAUACUGAUAGUUGGUACGAAAAAUUCUGGCAAAACCUCCUUCCUCAACUUCCUCCAGAUCUCCCUUGCUCUGCCACUGUCGAAGCGGCGACAACAGUCUCGUGAUGAUGAUUACUUUAUCGUAUCACCCGCCUCUACUGGAGCUUUCUCAAACUUUACUUCCCAAUAUGUCGAGACAGAGAUCGAAGGCGAGCGGAUUGGAGUCACGCUUUGGGAUUCAGAAGGGCUCGAGGCGAAUGGAGUGGAUCUCCAGCUGCAGACCAUGACCACGUUUAUCGAGAGCAAAUUCGAAGACACUUUCAACGAAGAAAGCAAAGUGGCCCGUGCUCCAGGAUUGCGAGAUACCCACGUUCACUGUGUCUUCCUUGUCCUUGAUCCUCGCCGUCUGGACGCCAAUAUGGCCGCCGCCCAGAGAGCCAAUGAGAUCAAUGGUGUCAAGGAUAGGGCCAACUCCUUCGUCCGUGGCCGGCCAGAAAGUUCUGUUAGUGGCCUGGAUGAGAAUCUCGACUUGAACGUGUUACGUGCACUGAAGGGUAAAACGACGGUCGUUCCUGUAAUUGCCAAAGCCGACACCAUUACGUCUGCACACAUGGUACACCUCAAACGUGCAGUCUGGGACUCCCUGAAAUCGAAUGGCCUGGAGACUCUUGAAGCUAUCACUCAGAAUGAUGAUGAAGAUGAGGGAUCCAAUACCUCAGCCGAAGGCCCAAAGAACAAUCACCUCGACGAGCGAGAUGGAGAAGUAAUCAAGACUGAAGGGGACAAAUUUUCCAUAACCUCUGUGCUCUCCUCUUCCUCAGACUCCAGCUCUGCCUUCUCAGCAUCCGACUUUGACCUCGCCAAGCCCGGUAAACCCUCAAAAUUUUCUCCAGUACGCACUCCAUCUUCGCCAACUGUCCCUACGCCUCCACCGGCAGAACCUCCGGCGCUUCCCCUGUCGAUCAUCUCUCCUGACCCCUACGAGCCGGACGUCAUUGGGCGCAAGUUCCCCUGGGGUUUGGCAGAUCCCAUGAAUGCCGAGCAUUGCGAUUUUGUGAAGCUGAAGCAGACUGUUUUCACGGAAUGGAGGGGUGACCUGAGGGAGGCGAGCCGGCAGCUUUGGUAUGAGGGCUGGAGAACAAGUAGGCUGAACAAGAAGGCGAGACGCGAUGGAGGAUUGGUGGGCGAUGCGAGAACUCAGAUGUGGGCCAGUUGA